AUGUCCGAACCCAGUCAACCAAGUCAAAAGCACAAAAUUGCCGUAAUCGGGUCUGGAAAAUGGGGCACAACAAUCGGCAAAAUAGUCGCCCAAAACGUCAAACAAAACAGCCUAAUCUUCGACACCAUCGUUCCAAUAUGGGUCUACGAAGAAGAAAUCGACAUCGACAGCUCCGAUAUCCCCGACAAAUCCCCCGUACCACCAACCCUCCGCUCCAAACUCGGCUCACCACCGAUCAAACUAUCCGCCGCCAUAAACAAAAUCCACCAGAACAUCAAAUAUCUCCCUGGAAUCACACUUCCAGAAAACCUCAUCGCAAACAAUAACCUUAAGGAUACGGUGAAAGGAGCUAGUAUUCUUGUUUUUAGUCUCCCGGACCGAUUCUUGGAGGAGGUGCUGGAUGAAAUUGUGGGUUUUCAUCGAACUUAUGCGAGGGGGGUAUGGUGUGUAGAGGGAAAGGGUGGUGAUGUAUCUGAUGGGGCAGUCGAGAUGAUUAUGGAGAAAUUGCAGAUUUAUUGUGGUGUGUUGUCGGGGGCGAAUAUUGCAGGUGAAGUUGCUAGGGAGAGGUUUUGUGAGAUGAGCAUUAGGUAUGAUGCUCCGCCGAUGGAUAUGCCUGACUACCAAGAGAAAGAAGGUGAUGGAGGAAGGGAGGUUUCGUCAAGAAAAGUUAUCAUCAAUACAGACGAACAACGCCAAACCAACACCAAACCAACUAACCUCCACCUAACACCCAUACCAAAAGACUAUCCUCCCCUAGAUACAUCUCUCAUCCAAAAGCAUUUCGAAAGACCCUACUGCAAAGUCCAAAACAUCUCCGACGCAGCAGGUGUGUCAAUACCCUCAGCGGCGCCCUGGAAAACAUACAUUGGAUACUACCUGAGGAUCCAAAUCCCUUCCAGUUUCAAGAGGGUCAAAAACGUCUGUUUUUAA